UAAUAUUCGUUCGUUUAAUUCAGUUUGAUAAUUUGAAAUAAAAAAUUGGGUUACACAAAACUCUCUUCUUCAUUGGAUCGAUUUUUACAGUAUGCAAGGAUGUUGCCUAAUUAAAAUGAAGGCUCGUACAUUCUUCAUUUCUCUGUUGAUCUUUGUAUGUUUAAUUCAGAUUUGUCGUGGAUUGGUAAAACCGACAAUAUCAAGUAUAACCGCAACUGCAACUGAAAUAACUGUUUCAUGGACAAAUGCAGCUGCAGACAACUACAGCAUUGGUAUAGUGAAAUCGUAUUCAGUUUCAUCAUCCGCGGACAAUAUCGGACUCUCAGAUAUAAGGCUUCACACAACAAGUCUUCAAAUAACAUCUUCAACCGAGAGUGAUGGUACCUCUAGUAUCUCUCCAAAUAAAGAAUACACAAUCUCAGUUUUUGCUGUUAACUCGACUGCAAGUGAAGAAUCUGAACAUGGCAACAUAAUUACUAGACCUGGAAAACCAAUGAACGUCCUCGUCUCACGGUAUGCGAAAAGUCCUACUAACUCGAUUUUUGUCAAUUGGACAGAGCCUACUGGUGGUUCAUCUUCCUACAAUGUCAAAAUAAAAUAUACUAAUGGCACAGUUGCCAUUUCUAAAACUGAUAUUAUGGCGACAAAUUAUACUGCAAGUGGUUUGACCUCAGGUGUCUCUUACAGCGCAACAGUUGUUGCUGGAAAUCAGAAUAGAAAAUUUGGGAUUCCAGAAAAUUCCAACAUUCAAGGAACAGAUCCAUCGCCACCAUCUCAGUUGGCAUCUCCAUCUGUUAGUGCAACAUCCAUCAGCCUUACUUGGAAUCCCCCAAGUCUGGGUAAAUGGAAUUCAUACAAGAUUUAUGUAAAUGGCAGUUCCUGGUCAAAUGUUGAUCCAUCUCUCAAUUAUAGUAAAGAUUUAACUGCUGCAACCGUAACAGGGCUCAAUGCUAACACUGAUUACAGUUUUGAACUUGUUACAAUCUCAGAUGCAAACCUGGAAUCUAAGAAAUCAAUGCCAUAUGUAAAUGGGACAGGACCUGGAAAACCAAUGAACGUCCUCGUCUCACGAUUUGCCGAAAGUCCUACUGACUCGAUUUUUGUCAAUUGGACAGAGCCUACUGGUGGUUCAUCUUCCUACAAUGUCAAAAUAAAAUAUACUAAUGGCACAGUUGCCAUUUCCGAAACUGAUAUUAUGGCGACAAAUUAUACUGCAAGUGGUUUGACCUCAGGUGUCUCUUACAGCGCAACAGUUGUUGCUAGAAAUCAGAAUAGAAAAUUUGGGAUUCCAGAAAAUUCCAACAUUCAAGGAACAGAUCCAUCGCCACCAUCUCAGUUGGCAUCUCCAUCUGUUAGUGCAACAUCCAUCAGCCUUACUUGGAAUCCCCCAAGUCUGGGUAAAUGGAAUUCAUACAAGAUUUAUGUAAAUGGCAGUUCCUGGUCAAAUGUUGAUCCAUCUCUCAAUUCUAGUAAAGAUUUAACUGCUGCAACCGUAACAGGGCUCAAUGCUAACACUGAUUACAGUUUUGAACUUGUUACAAUCUCAGAUGCAAACCUGGAAUCUAAGAAAUCAAUGCCAUAUGUAAAUGGGACAGCUCCUGGUUUGGCUACGAAUAUUGAGUUGAUAAGAACUGUUGAUAGGAUUAGGUCAAUGAAUGUAAGCUGGAACGCACCGACUGGGGGAUCAUCAAGUUACAAUGUUUUACUAUAUGGAGGGGGUGAUUCACCAACCCAGAUGAACAGCAACAAUUCACCAAUUACUUUUUUCAAUAUUACUCCUGGUAUAUCGUAUAAUGCAUCGGUGACAGCUGUAAAUAAGUAUGAUAUCCGUGGAAAAAUGACAUAUGCUUCAAGUAACAUUGGCACAGAUCCUCUCCCCCCUACUUCUCUCAAUAUUUCCAUGAUUACUACAAAUUCUGUUGUACUGACAUGGGCACUCCCAAUGGAAGGCGCUUGGACCGGUUUCAAUUUGUUUGUCAAUGGUUCUAGACAUUCCAACACUGAUUCAUCUCUUUCUUCUGCAAAAGAUCGAAACAAUGUCACAGUAAAUAAUCUUUCACCAAACUCAGAUUACAUUCUCACUCUUAAAUCUGUAUCUUUGGGAGGUUAUAGUUCGGCUGAUUCCUCUCCUGUGCUAUUUACAACAGUUCCUCUGUCGGUCAGCAGUGUAAAGAUUGAACAAAAUUCUGCUAAUCCUACGAAUUCAUUGGAUGUGACUUGGACCGCUCCAAACAACAGUGCUGCAUCAUAUCUAGUUUUAUUAUUCAAUAGUUCUAGCACAGUGUCAGAGAAUCACGCAACCGUGUCAACCACCCAUGCUACUGUUACUGGUUUAACUCCUGGGGAAAGUUAUCUCGCCUCUGUGUAUGCUAACAAUAAAAAUGACCUGAGGAGUGAAAUGGUUAAUUCUACUGAUGGAAACGGAACAGAUCCUGUGCCUCCAACCAACUUGAGAGUCAAGAGUUUUACCAGCAUAAGCACUACAACUGUGCCUUUGAUGUGGACGAUUCCUGAAGGAAACUUUAUAAGUUACAAGCUAUUUGUUGAUGAUUCUGUGUGGUAUAAUACCGAUCCAUCACUAAAUAACACAAAUGCUGUUACUGAGGCUAUCGUGGGUGGAUUAAUCCCAAAUACGCUGCAUAAAUUUCAGAUAACAACCAUAUCAAAAUUGGGAUAUGAGUCUGUCAAAUCGGAACCUGAACGUAACAUAACAAAACCAGAUGCUGUGUCAAAUGUCACCAUUCUCGAAAACAUGAGUGAUCGUGUACAUUCUCUCAAUGUCACAUGGAUAGCUUCAUCUACCGGUUCCCACUCUUAUUUUGUUUCACUACUUUAUUUGAAUAAUACACUGGAGCAAUCCCAGAAUACAAAUCUUACCAAUGCUAUUUUCAAUAACCUACUACCUGGAACAACCUUCAAUGCGUCUGUUGUGGGAUUAAACAAGGAUAACUUGGUUGGGGAUACUGUUGUUUAUUCAGACUCUCUUUAUGGGACAGCACCUCUUCCUCCUGCAAAUAUUAUGGCACAUUCCGUGACCAAUUCUUCUGUUAUCUUGAAAUGGGUGAACCCAACAUACGGGAAUUAUCACAAUCUUAGUCUCACAUCAGACAUGGCAAUAUUUACUAUGUCUCCUGUGCUUGAUAGAGCAGAUAUAACAGAAACUCAAGUCACAACUCUCGAUGGGAACACAAACUAUACUUUUCGACUGAGAACUGUUUCUGACUUCGGAUUAUUGUCUGAAUCUAUCUCUUCUAGAGUAUUAACCUUGCCUGAUCGUCCACAAAACACAACACUGGACACUCCGACUACAAAUGCAUCAAAUUCUCUGAUUGUCAGCUGGUUUCAUGGGGGUGUUGGUUUGCAUCAAGAUGUUGAACUUUGGUCAGAAGCUGAUAAAGAUUCAGUUUUUACUCGAUCAACAUUGCCUAACUCUGAAAGUAGCAAAAUAUUUAGUGAUCUUGUACCUGGAGAAUUAUACAAUGCGAGUGUUAAUCAUGUUAAUGCAAGGGGGAAAGGAGAAACAGCUUAUGUUGAAACUCCACGCAGAACUGAACCUUUGAUGCCAAUACUUAAUAGCAGCAUUGGGGCAACGGCGAAUACGGUUUCCCUUUCAUGGUCUUAUAACUCCAAUAAGAAAACAUAUGUGCAAACGGGAUAUGAGUUGAUGGUCAAUGGAAAACUUUAUUCUAAUACGACACCGACCUUAGUAAUGUACACGGGCACAAAUGUAGUCAUAGAUGACUUGAGAUCAAAUAAUGAAUAUGACUUUACGCUUGUUGCAAUAUCUGGACCAAGCUUUGUUGCAAAAUCACACUCAGCACAUGCAACAUCCUAUACACUUCCGGAUCCGCCCACCAAUAUAAAAGUCGAGAGAAAUUCUACAGACAACACUACCAUACUUAUCAUCUCUUUUACAACACCUUUAAAUGGUGCGGACUCGUAUUUGGCUUCUGUGAAUGGACUACAAGCAGAAGGUGGUACAAGUCCUGUUAGUACUUCAUCAACGAUAGGUGUGGACGGUCUAGUUCCUGGUGCAACAUACAGUGUGUCGGUCAUUUCAAAGAACAGAAAGGGAAGCAGUAUUCCGGCAGAUAUGCAGUUUAUAACUAUGACACCCUUUGGAAUGGACAAUUUCAGAGUUUCAGAUAGAUCACAAACAACAAUGAAUAUAACCUGGACUCUUCCACCUAAUUCAAAGAGGGAUACAAUAAAAAUAUCUCACUCUGUAUUUGGUGCAGAAGCUACUGCAACAAAUUUGGAUCUAAACAUUCACUCCAAUUCAUACAAUUUGACUAAUUUAACUCCGGGACAAGUUUAUACUGCUACCAUUAUUGCUGUUAGCAAUAACACCAAUAGCAAGCCUGCAAGCGUCGUUUCUCGAACUAUUCCGACGCCUCCAAGAAACCUUGUAUUCGGCAAAACAACUAACGAAUCGAUUGAAAUCAAAUGGGACAAACCAGAGGGAAGUGUCGUCUAUGAAGGAUAUAAAAUACGAUAUGCAGAAGUUACUAAAUUAAGCUCCAAAAUGGUGUACAAUGCAAUGUAUGUGGACAAAUCAUCAAAAAAUACUAUGAUAAAUUCACUGAAAGCUGGAACAUUUUAUCAAAUCAAUGUAGCUGUUGAAUCAAAUUCAACUGUAGGAAGUCAGAUUGUGCCUGCAACUUACAGUGAAGAAGUAUCAAUAUCUCCAACAACUCACCCAAAUCCUGUCAAAAAUUUGACACUUCGACAACUUGCUGAAGAUCCAACCAAAGGAAUACAGGUUUUUUGGGAAGAUCCAGACGGUAAUAAAGAAAGAUUCGAGAUAAUAUAUCAUGCGAACAGUGCUGAAAAUAAUUAUACAAGGCAUGUGAGUCAAGUGGUUAAUUCUCAAACAAUUACUGAAUAUAUUAAGCCUGGAACAAUUUACAAUGUAACAGUCAUCACGAUCAGUGGUAGUUUCAGGGUCAAAGUGAAGAAGGCUAUAAAUACAAAGCCUGCUAUUCCAACAAAUUUUAGCUUCACAGAUAUUAAGCAGACAGGUCUACAUGUUGCAUGGAAUAAACCCAAUGGUGGGGCCAGAGGAUAUCAAGUUUAUUGGAAAAAUUAUACAGCUGCUGAAUACUCGAACUCAAUAUUUACUCAAGAAACUUCUCAUCAUAUACUGUUUCUGUAUCCACAUUAUCAAUAUGAUGUUGCAAUACAAACAGUCAUCACUAAUUAUCUUGGGAAUGAUGAUAUGAGUGAAAAAAUUAAUAUCACUGCAAAGACACUUGCUGCUGCUCCAUUUAUCAAUUCACCUCAAGACGUAAAUAUGCAAUAUGAGGUUACCAUGGAUACAGCACAAGUGAUCUUGGAUGCCAAUAGAUUUGAUGAUAGGAAUGGACCAAUUGAUUAUGUUUGUGUGAUUGUUACUACUAACAAAAAUAAAAAUCCCUACCCAGACACUUCGAAGAAUGAAACUUGGGAUAAAUUCGAUGGUGGUGGCACUUUUGAAUGGAUUGCUGAAUGGAGGAAAUUCACUCCUGCUCCUAAGUCAAACAGACGUAAAAGAAGUUUGGAAAACCCGGUUGGAAAUAAAAAAGAAGUUUUUGUAAUCGGUGACGGUAAUCGUACUAUUUCACCAUGGAACCAAACAUUCUACAAUGGAAAACUAAGUCCUUCCACUACAUAUAAGAUUUCUUUCGGUGCUGUGUCUUCCAAUAAAAUUAUGAUUGCUUUGAAUUAUUCACAAGAGAUAACAACACGUGCAGAAUAUGGUGUUAACGGGCCACUGAUAGCGGGAGUUGUUGUGACAGCAGUUCUGUUGGUCCUUUUUUUGGCUAUUGUGCUCUGCGUCUUCAUCUUGCAACGUAGAAAACAGGAAAUGGCAGACAAGACGAGCGAACGUGUUGAUGCAAUCAUGAUGCCGAAAUUGGAAAAGAAGACGCGACCUAUACAACUUGAGGAAUUUUCCGAUCAUAUGGAGAUAAUGAGAUCAGAUUCUGAUAAUUUAUUCUCAAAAGAAUAUGAGGAAUUCAAAGGAGUGGGAAGAGAUCAGGCGAGCAAUGCUGCUGUUCUUGCAGAAAACAAAGAAAAAAACAGAUACACCAAUAUUCUUCCAUAUGAUGCCACUCGUGUCAAGUUGGAUGAAGUUGAUAAUGACCCAGGAUCUGAUUAUAUCAAUGCAAAUUUCAUUCCAGGAAACCUAAGUCAAAGAGAAUACAUAGCUGCCCAAGGUGCAUUACCUGGCACUAAGGAUGAUUUUUGGAGAAUGGUUUGGGAGCAUAACACAAGAAACAUAAUCAUGUUGACUCAGACUGUAGAGAAGGGUAAGAUCAAGUGCUAUCAGUAUUGGCCAUCUGACAAUGAACCUAUCAUGAGUGGUGAUCUCACUAUACAAAUGACAUCAGAGUCUAUGCUUCCCGAAUGGACUAUUAGAGAGUUUAAGAUCACUCAUGGUUCUAACAUACGACGUGUUCGUCAAUUCCACUACACUGUAUGGCCUGAUCAUGGUGUUCCAGAAACCACAGAAACAAUUGUUAAGUUUAUAAGAUAUGUAAGAAGAACUAUCUACGAAGAAGCUAAACAUACAGGACCUACUGUUGUUCACUGCAGUGCCGGCGUUGGACGUACUGGAACAUUCAUUGCAAUGGACAGAUUACUUCAGAAUAUCCAUGAUAAUACUUAUGUUGAUAUCUAUGGAAUUGUUUAUGAAAUGAGGAUGCACAGAGUGUACAUGGUGCAAACUGAGAGUCAGUAUAUCCUAAUACAUAAGAUGGUCGAUGAUGUCAAUCAAAAUCUUUAUGAUGAAGAUGAAUCCAACAGUGAAGAUCAGAAUGGUGAACCGGUAUAUGAAAAUACCAAAGAAGAGGCCGUUUAUGAAAACACUAAAUUCAAUGGAGAUAUCGAUAAAAAUAAUAUUGAUGGAAUAACAAAUCCUGCCAUGAUACAUUUUGAAGAUGAUGAGAAAGUAGCAAUCAAUCCGGAGAAUGCGGCCUCUGUGGUUGUAAUUAAUGAAAUAAAGAAGGAAGACAUAGAUUCCAUAAAGAAACAAGAAGACGUGGAAGUUUCUAUGGACCAUAAAAAUGAUAAUUCAAAACAAGAUGACAUUACUUCAAAAAGUAAAUCAGAUUCAGUAUCGAAACCACUCACAGAAAAUGUAGCUAAUAUGAUUGCUAUAAAGAGUAGUGAUUCUAUUGAUAACAAGACGAAGAAUGCGGAAGCAACUCCUAAAGAUUAUUCUCAAAUUAAAUUGGAAAUUUUGGGAAGUCUAAAGAAUAUGGGAAGGAAAGUUGAUGAGGAAAAUGGCAGUAAGAAAAAUGUGAAAAUCGAAGUUGAUAAUUCAGGUGUUUCAAAGGAAUCUCAAGUCAUUCCUACCAAAUGUGGCGAUCCUAGUAAUAACAAGACAAAGAAUGCUAAAGCGACUCCUAAAGAUCAUUCUAAAAUUAAAUCAGAAUUUCUGGAAAAUCUGAAGAAAUUGGGAGAAAAACGUGCUAAGGAAAAUACCAGUAGCAAGAAAGAUGAUGCAAAAGAUUCAGAUAAAUCAAAGUCGUCGGAUGCAAAAAUGAAAGUUGAGAAUGAAGUCUUUCAACCUGUUAAAAUUGAAGAAAACGACCCACAGGAUCCUCAUGAUAGAAUCAGUUCAUUUGGAAUUAAACUUCCGCUAUUGAAUCUGAAAUUGACAAAAAAUUACUUGAGCAGAGAGGAUACAACUGACAGUGUUGAAUGUGAUAAGAAAGCAAUUGCAACAGAUACAAAUAAGACAGAAAAAUCGAAAAAGAAUCUCAAUACUGAAGACAAACCCAAACCUGAUAAAAAUAGUUCUCAAGAGAAGAAGAUCAAAAAAGAAAACACCAAGGAAAGUAACGUUGCAGGAGAGUCUAUAUCUAAACCUUGUAAUCCUAAGAAAAAGCCAUUUCCUCCACCGAAGAAGAUAAAAAAAGUAAGGGAAGAGCAAACACAAGUUAGUAAAUUAUCUGUUGAAGCAUUGGUGAAGCCAAGCGCUGUUAAAAAAGAAGAAGAUGAAAGAGAAUCGAGAUCAAUCAAAUUAGUCAAAACGACGGGUGGUUCUACUAUUACAUCAGAGGAAAUAGAAGAUUUUGCUGAAAAAAACUUCGUCGAGUGAGCUCGUCAUCUUCUUCAUCCACAUCACCCGUCGACGAUAGACCACCAGUCGAUUGCAGAGACUUACCUUCCAUCAAAUCAAGAAUCGGGAACUUAGAGCCGAUCAGUUCAGAAGAUUUGUCUGGAAAAAAGUUGUAACACGACAUAGGUUUGCAAAACAGAUGAAGAUUCGUCUUCCUAUUGAUGCACUUCCACUCGCUGAUGCCCAUGACUCUAUGUUCUUGCAGUUGAGGCAUGAAGAUUAUGCUGUAAAUUUAUAAUCAGACAGUUUGAAAUAAUAAGUUAUGUGGUUUGGUGUGUAUUUUGUAAUUGUGGAUAUUUUGUAGAUAAUGACUCUUUUCUUAGUAUUCGCUUCUCUACUUGUUGAUUUUGCUCCUUUUGCUUGUAGAAAAGUGUUUCUUUUAAUCAUUGGUAUAUAUUAUGAUUUUAUAGCUACGCUGUUCAGUAUUAGCAUAAAGUAAUUUAAUAGAAUAUGUAUAUACAAUUAUACAAAUCUUGUUCAUAGAUCCAAAUUAGCCAAAAUAACUCAUACAAAUUGUUGUCUUUAUGCAGCGCUGAUGAAAUUAAAUAAGUUCAUAAUUCCCUUGGAUCCUAUUUUUAACUAUCACAUCCAAUUUGCUUGAAUUUUAGUGCAAUCUUUUCUGAAUGCGCUUAGCAACUACGUAUAACUACAUAUUAUGUGCCUUAUUCUGUGUUUUCUGUCUUUCCAUUUUAUUCUGAACUUAAUUUU